AUGUUAGAGAAAAAGGCAAGAUCUACCACAGUCAUGGCGGAGGAGCCUAUACCGCCCGCAACUGAGGAUGACAUGGCCGAGCAACCGGUGGACAUAGUUAUCCCGGAGCUCGAAGAAUAUGCGCAGGUUGCUGAGUGUCCCUAUACGACUCCAAUUAUUACUCUUAGGGUUUGCGGCAGCUUCUACAAGAUUCCACAGCAUUACCUUAAACCCUUCGAUAGUUUGCUAUGUGAUCCCGAUUAUAUGCACCCAGGUUAUCCCCACAACGAAUGCUAUCAUCGCGAGCUGUACAUUGACCCGCAAAGUGCCCAUACCUUUGUCCAUUACCUGUACACUGGACAGUAUGAGACACUUACAACCCCAUUUUAUGUCGAGUCAGCAGAUGACAUUCCUUCAAUAAUCAACACUCGCGAUAAAGAGGAGUUCGAGCGCGCAGUCUACGUAUAUCAGGCUGCCGUUAAGUACGAGAUCCCGGGGCUACUAAGCAUGGCGCAGCACUUUAUGGCCCGAUUUACCGAGAGAUUGUCAAUAGACGAUAUUCUACGUACCAUACAAUGUGUGUACGGCAGCCUUCUCGAUGAACAUUCUGGACACACGUGGCUUGAGGAUUUUGUUCGAGACCAGUUGGAUGUGGCAUUCAAAAACACGGAUGGAAAGUUGCGUCAAAUUAUCAGGGACUAUGGAAUUGGAAAUAGUGGAAGCUUCGAUAAUUUCGUUGUUGAUGAGGUCUUGGCACUCUACGAAAGGGAGCAAGACAGGAUGAAGAUCUUGGGCAAUCCAAGGGGAGGUCAUGAGCCUGUGCCUGAUCCUAUACUUGAGUCUGACUGUGAGCCUGAGCCUGCUUUUGAGCCUGAGCCUGCGUAUGAGCCUACGCCUGCGUAUGAGCCUGUGCCCAAGCCUGAGCCUGAGCCUGAGCCUGAGCUUGAGCCUGAGCCUGAUCUUGAGCUUCCGUGUGACCAAGCAUGUGAUCAUGAGCCAAUAUUCGAACCCAUUGAAGAUGAGCCAAGAAAACCUUCAACUCCAGAACCGGAGCCAGAGCAAGCAGAGCCCACUCCUGAGCCUGAAUUUAUAGCUCCUGGAAUACCCUUUCACCCUCUCUAUUCGGACUGGGACGAACUCGGAUACAAAGAGAGGAAGAAACGGGAGAAAGCUUUGAUCAAAAUGGGACAUCUCAUCCCCAGGAAAGAUUUCGAACUCCCUCUUCCGGAGUGUAAACCUCAUGCUUCAGGACCCACAUCUGAGGAUGGUUGGGGAAGUGUAUGGCCGUCGGCCUCUUCCAUAAAAAAGAAGAAAAAGAAGAAGCAAGAGACAUCAUCCCUUAACUGGGAAUCUUCUACCCCGGGUAAGGAUUUCGGAUCACCUAUCCCAACUGAUGAAUGUCCUCCUCAAGAGAUUGAACCUGAGCUCGUGCCCGAGCCCGAACCCAUUCCCAAGUCCAGCUCAUCUACUGGGUCCUGGGAGAUGCCAAACUCCAGCUACAAUGGAUAG